GUUACUUCUGCUACCAAGCGUCGAAAAUGGCGGAGUCGUUGAGACGACUUGUAAAUAUUGGCACUUUUUCUAUUCUCCAGGAAAAGUUGGAAAAAUGGUCGAGUGAUUACUACGUCAACACAUGUGACCAGAACACAGCCAGGUGCUGUGAAAUCAUUGAACUCAAUGCCAAAGUUCAAGGUCAACUCUUUAAACUCCUCAGCCUCUGUGCACAAGAAGGUGGGAUGUAUGGAGGUGCCGGUAUCAUCAAGUCUCGUCUCCUGCCCUGGCUGGGCCAAAACUUCUUCACCUCAGGGGGAGCCGUCACAGCAGACACCAGUCUCAGCGUACUGGCAGAGGCCGCAGCCAAGGACAGAGAACUCACAGAGCUCCAGGACGUGUACGAGAGGUCUCUGGACGAGCUGGACGUUGAGUUGAAUCGGGCGCGCACAGAAAACCAGGACUUGAAAGACGAACUUCAGGAGACUAAACUGGAACUGGACAGAAGUUUGAGGGCCUCCACCAGUGACAAGAUGUUUACAGAACUGGAGGUCAACGACCUCAAGAGGAAAUUGGCAGCAGCAGAAGAAGAGAACAGACUUCUGAGAUCAAAGUCUGGUCUGCUGGCAGACUAUCAGACGGAGGUGCGCAGGCUGCGUGAUGACAUUGCGCUGCUGUCUGCUCGCAGGGAUGUCCUCACCAAGAUUCCAGAUCCCCCAGUGUAUGAGCGCUCUAAGCUGGAUGAUAAACUCAACUCUGUCUCAGAGCCAGCUGAUGACCUUGCAGUACUGAGAGCCGCCAGGGUUUCAGUACAAAGUGCUGAUUAUGACCGCAAGAUAGAAACUCUGCGCCGAGAGAUGGGGGAGCCAAAUAUGGGGACAGAUAGGGAACCAGAUGUUGGGGAGGAGCGUUGGCCACAUGACUUAAACUUGUACUACAAAUAUGUGCCUGGACCAGUGUCUCCUCUCUCUAUUGACGACACGAUCCAGCGCAUACGUCAACAAAACCUGGUCGCACGAUUCAACGACAUGUUUGCACAAGAUAGACUUAACACCAUGGACACACUCAGGAGGUACUCAGACGACCAUGAAAACAACCAGAGGAUAUGUUUUGCCAUCAUGCAGGAAGCUUUCAACGUUGCCAAGCUAGAGUUCCGUCAGUUCAAGAUGAAGACACGAUCCAACUUGGCAAAAACCCAUUAUGGACCUGACACGCUUGAGGAGGCAGUGCAGGAUUACAUCAACCGUAACACUGACCUGUAUGAUUUACCUGCCAUGGUGUCUGAUGUAAUCAGAGCCCUGAACAGAAACUCCAAGAUAUUCCUGCCACCAGACACCACCUAUGCCAUCUGCCAGCCAUUUAUUCGCGAGGCGGUCAAACUGGCAUGGCAGAUGAGUGCCCUGGCACAUCCUCUUGAUAUUGCCGUGGCAACAGAUGCUGAGUUGUUUGAUGAUACCAAGUACCGUCGCAGCUAUGACUCUGAGUACACCGCCCCACUGGUGAACCACCAUAUUUGGCCCUGCCUUGUUCAAGGGGUGAGAACUCUAGUGAAAGGAGAAGCUGUCACACGCAGGGGAGCCUCACUGGGAACACCAAGCCGCUCCAGAAGCCCAGCCAGAGCUGCCAGCCCAUUCCGUUCCCUGUCACCCAGCAGCCGCUCCCUGAGCCCCAGCCGGUACAGGAGUCGCUCGCCCAGCCCAGGCAGACGAGGACUCUCCCCAACUAGGAGAGCUCGCUUCCUUUAAAGACAAUCAAAAGUGCCUUCUUGCAAGAAAUUGAAAAUGAUCAAACAAAUAUCUAAACCUUUUUUUUAAAACUUUUACUACAAAUGUGAUAUUUUUGGAAAACUUUAAAUGUGCAGAUUUUCAUG